AAGGUGCUAAAAAGAAAGAACUCUUAAAACUGAAUCAGAUUAUUGAGAGAGAUCCUUCUCCAGUCCAACUCUCAAAAUCAGAACAACCUCGAACUACACUCCACCCUUUUCACCUGAAACACACAUACCCCUCUUUCCUCGUAUUGAAACAAAACAAAAAAGUAUUAAUCUGAGCUUGAAAUAGUACGAAGAAGAAGAACAACAAAAAUGAGAAGACGACCAGGAAUCGGAGGCUUACAGACCGCCGCUGCUGCUAGGGAUCAAUAUCGUUUGGUGGGUGAAAAUGUAGCGAAGAUUAGAACCGAUAUGAUGAAGGAACAGCUCGCCACUUUUCGCACUCAGCUCGAAGAAUUCGCUCGCAAACACAAGAAUGAUAUACGCAAGAACCCGGCAUUCAGGUCGCAGUUCCAUAAAAUGUGUGCAAAAGUAGGGGUGGAUCCGUUGGCCUCAAACAAGGGUUUCUGGGCUGAGUUGUUGGGGAUUGGUGACUUCUACUAUGAACUCGGAGUACAAAUUGUUGAGAUUUGCUUGGCAACAAGACCCCACAAUGGAGGCUUGAUAAACCUGCAGGAACUCUGCAUUCUGCUUCGUCAGCGGAAAAGUGAUCGUGAAGCUGUUUCUGAGGAUGACUGCCUGCGUGCUAUAAGUAAACUGAAGGUAUUGGGUAGUGGUUUUGAGGUGAUUUCUGUUGGAAAGAAAAAGCUUGUUCGGUCUGUUCCAACUGAAUUAAACAAAGACCAUAAUGAAAUUUUAGAGCUGGCUCAGGCUCAAGGCUUUGUGACUGUUGAAGAAGUAGAAAGACGGCUUUCUUGGACCUCUGGUCGUGCUAUUGAUGCUCUUGAUACUUUACUAGAUGAGGGUCUUGCAAUGAUUGAUGAUGGCCAUAGAGAUCGUAAACGCCGAUAUUGGUUCCCUUGUGUAUCUUCCAACUCAACUCCAGUAGCUGAUACUUGAAAGCAAAUGUUUUCAAAUCAACUCAAUUUCAUGUCUGUUACACCGCACUCAAAAGAUAAAGAGCAGAAUUGUCAUAUGUGCAAAUAAAAAAAAAAGAAAAAAAAGAAAAAAGAAUUGUCAUAUGUAUACUAUUUGUUAUAACAGUUUUAGGAAGGAUCUGCUACUGUCAAUUGUCAAUGUUGUAUCAACAAAAAUGGCCAAUUUAAACUAAUUAAACGAAUCUUAGAUGCUUGACUCAACUUAUUUACGUCUUGCAAUUAUAACAAACAUUGUUAUCGCUGAGUGCAAAAAAAA